AUGGAAGAAGAACCGAAAGAAUUUCUUGAUGAUGAUUAUUUUGGAGUUAGAAAGUUGGUUACUGUAAAAAGUCUUUUUGAGGUGGGAGCUCAUUUGGGCCACAAAACAGGAUGUAGGGAUCCAUACAUGGCACCAUUUCUAUUUGGAACCAGAUUUGAUUUAGAUAUUAUUGAUUUGGAACAAACUAAAGUUAUGAUGCAGGAUGCCUUGAACUUUGCAGCCCAUAUUGCUUAUAGAGGUGGAGUUAUAUUAUUUGCAAGCCGUUAUAGACAAACAUUAGACAUUGUGGAACAGACGGCUAAAGAUUGUGGUGAAUAUGCCCAUUGUAGAUAUUGGAGAGGUGGUUCUUUUACUAACUCUAAUGUUAUAUACAAAGGAGCCACACGAUUACCUGACUUGUGUAUAUUUGUCAGUGUUUUAAACAGUGUUUUUGAAACUCAUACAGGUGUUAUUGACUCUGCCAAACUUUUAAUUCCAACUAUUGGAAUAGUAGAUACAAAUUGUGACCCACGAAUAAUAUCUUACCCUAUUCCUGCUAAUGAUGAUACCCCUGUUGCUAUAAAAUUAUAUUGUGAGCUAUUUAAACAAGCCAUAUUAGCAGGAAAAGAAAAGAAGAAGAAAGAUCAACUUGUUAACUGA